GAAUCAUCAAUACUACUCUACAAUCGUCUUCUUGCAUUGAAAGCCAAGUCCACAGCUUAAAUAAAUCUUGCGGUAUUCAGCUUUCGUAGGCGCAGGAUAAAAAUACAGACAGCUAUCGAGCUUUCAAUAAACACUUCAGAUCAAAAUGCUUUCUGAAGAGGAAAUCAAUCUUUGGAACGCUCAGAAUGAACAAACGGCACGUUCGGCAAGAGGAAGCCGGCAUUCUAAAUCUUCUGGGCAUGGAUCGAGACAACCUAGUUCUGUAGGUUCUCAUCCUGCAUCGUUUAAAGGACCACCUCCAAUGGCUCCAAUGGCUCCAUCUAAAGUACCAUCCGCGAAAAAAUCGGCAGUAACGAGGCGGGGUGUGAAAAAGGUUAGAGGGACAAGUGUCUGGAGUCAAGAUGAGGAAGACUCGGAUGAGGAAGACUCAGAUGAGGAAGACUCGGAUGAGGAAGACUCGGAUGAGGAAGACUCGGAUGAGGAAGACUCGGAUGAGGAAGACUUAGAUCAGGAAGACUCGGAUGAGGAACAUUUAUCAGUAUCGAACCACAAAAAUAAACGAGAUGAUACAAGAGCUCGUACGGACCCACGUCAUAAAAGAUCACCAGCACCGAGCCAUACGAGUAAACGAGAUGAUACAAGAGCUCGUAAGGAACCACGUCAUGAAAGAUCACCAGCACCGAGCCAUACGAGUAAACGAGAUGAUACAAGAGCUCGUAAGGAACCACGUCAUGAAAGAUCACCAGCACCGAGCCAUACGAGUAAACGAGAUGAUACAAGAGCUCGUAAGGAACCACGUCAUGAAAGAUCACCAGCACCGAGCCAUACGAGUAAACGAGAUGAUACAAGAGCUCGUAAGGAACCACGUCAUGAAAGAUCACCAGCACCGAGCCAUACGAGUAAACGAGAUGAUACAAGAGCUCGUAAGGAACCACGUCAUGAAAGAUCACCAGCACCGAGCCAUACGAGUAAACGAGAUGAUACAAGAGCUCGUAAGGAACCACGUCAUGAAAGAUCACCAGCACCGAGCCAUAAGAGUAAACGAGAUGAUAUAAGAGCUCGAGACUCGGUUGAGGAAGACUCGGGCGAGGAAGACUCGGGCGAGGAAGACUCGGGCGAGGAAGACUCGGGUGAGGAAGACUCGGGUGAGGUAGACUCAUCAGCAUCGAACCACAAAAGUGGAAAAGGUGAUGGAAGAGCUCGAGACUCACAUUAUAAAGGAUCAGUAACAUCGAACCACGGAAGUAAACAAAAUAAAGGAAGAGCUCGAGGCUCGGAUCACUUUGAAAAGCGAGAUGGUGAAAGUAAAAAUGAAAUGCCUCAAGAACCAAGUUCAAUGAAAAAUGGCGAUCAACCUCGAAAUUCAAAUCCCCAUGAGGGACCAAGAGGAGAUGAUAGAAAAUCUGUCCAUGCGGAUUCCGUAAAUGGUGACACAAAAUCUCAAAAAUCCACGCAAUUCAAAGCAAACACUCCGGGAUGGAUAAGAGAAACUAAAAAACCUUCCAAAUCGAUAGCAGGUGAUUCUAAAAAGAGUCCUAAGAGUGUUGUGGGAUAUACAAGAGAUAGGGUCGGAUCUUCAAGAUCAAAGAGUAAUCAUGGAGAUGGUAAGAGAGAUGAUGAUAAAAGUCAGAAGGGAGGUGAAAGUGGAAAAAGAGAUAUUGGAAAGUCCCCAGAAUCAAUAAAAGAUGGUGGGAGAGAUGGCAAGAGGGAUGAUGAUAAAAGUCAGAGGGGAGGUGAAAGUGGAAAAAAAGAUAUUGGAAAAAGAGAUAUUGGAAAGUCCCCAGAAUCAAUAAAAGAUGGUGGGAGAGAUGGUAAGAGAGAUGAUGAUAAAAGUCAGAGGAGAGGUGAAAGUGGAAAAAAAGAUACUGGAAAAAGAGAUACUGGAAAGUCCCCAGAAUCAAUAAAAGAUAGUAGGAAAGAUGGUAAGAAAGGGGCUUCAUCAAGUGCAGAUAAAAGUCGAGCCAGCCCACUUAAAGACAUUCAAGAAGACUCCGAGGGUUCUGAAGAAUUGGAUCUCCAAAGAGCUGAUGCUCGGAGACCCAAAAAAUCGGCUACGAUCGCAUCGGAUACGCCAUCCAAGGAACCUGAAAAGCCUAAAAGGAAGGGGGAGUAUACCAGAAAAACCGUACCGAAAGGGGCGAAAGUCAUAUCACCAACACGUGGGUUUGCAAGGAAACCAAGACCAGAAGAUGCUAGGUGGGCCUGGAUAGACCCUAAGGUGAAGGUAGAUAGCAAAAAGAGAGCCGAAGAUUGGGGUUACGAUGCAUGACAAACUCCUAUUGCGAGCUAAGAAAGCUAGAAGGUUGACUGUUAGACGGAGCUAUCUUGGGAUUUUUGCUGGACGUUUUGCUUGGGUCUAUACGAGUUGAUUUGGGGCUGAAUAUCUUGUUGGCGUUUUUGGGGACUUUGUUUAGAUUUGCUUGUCUUUUUGUCGUGGGAUAUUUUUGGAAUUAAUAGAUUAGAUAUCAAUAAAUUGUUGCAGUCUAAUUAACUUUUCUGA